AUGUCUCUAGGAAAACCACUAUCUUUGAAAGUCAACGCUGCUCUAUUCGACGUUGACGGAACCAUCAUCAUCUCUCAACCAGCUAUCGCUGCCUUCUGGAGAGACUUUGGUAAGGACAAGCCUUACUUCGACGCGGAGCACGUGAUCCACGAGUCUCACGGCUGGAGAACUUACGACGCCAUCGCCAAGUUCGCCCCAGACUUUGCCGACGAGGACUACGCCACCCAGCUAGAAGCUGAAAUCCCAGCCAAAUACGGUGAACACUCCAUCGAAGUUCCAGGUGCCGUCACUCUCUGCAAGGAGCUAAACGCCUUGCCAAAGGAGAAAUGGGCCGUUGCCACCUCUGGUACCCGUCCUAUGGCCACCAAGUGGUUCGAACUCUUGGGAAUCAAGAGACCAGAAUACUUCAUCACUGCCAACGACGUCAAGCAAGGUAAGCCUUUCCCAGAACCAUACAUCAAGGGCAGAAACGGAUUGGGCUACCCAAUCAACGAGAAGGAACCUUCCAAGUCCAAGGUCAUCGUCUUUGAAGACGCCCCAGCCGGUAUCGCUGCCGGUAAAGCCGCCGGCUGCAAGAUUGUCGGUAUUGCCACCACUUUCGACUUGGACUUCCUAAAGGAGAAGGGCUGUGACAUCAUCGUCAAGAACCACGAAUCCAUCAAGAUUGGCGGUUACAACCCUGAAACCGACGAAGUCGACUUUGUCUUCACCGACUACUUGUACGCCAAGGACGACUUGUUGGAAUGGUAA